CACAUUCAUCUCCCUGUGCUAACGCUUAUCAUAGUCUCAAGGCAGCACAGCUGAACCUACUCGACUAAAACUAAACUAAGACAGUGUCUCGUCCGCAGCUUGAUCUUAGCAACCCGUAUUUGAAGCCGUUAAUUGCCUCUAAAGUCACACCUGUGGCUGAGUAACGGUUUAUUAAAAGUCAUUCCGUUUGUUUAACGGUUUGCGAAAAUUCAGCUCUUCCUUGUGGAUUACACUUAAAAUAACACCAUGUCGAUUUAAAAUAACAUAUUUAUUUGUAGGCUUUUUUCUUUUUCUUUUUUUUUUUUGAGAAAUGGGAUAAGCGGCGGACAGCAAGCAACUUUUUUUUUAAUUUUACAUAACGCUUUUUAGUUCACCAUCCUAACGACUACUACUACCGCCACCAGGCUACAGUCAAAACUCUGGUCCCGGGCCAAUCAUUUCCCAGGAAAAUGUGACUGCUAGGAAUUCCCCACACAUCAGCCCCUCUGUCGGAGAAAACCGCGACCUUGUGUCAGGAAGCACACGGAGGCAGGAGGACGGUAAGCUGACCGGUGACUGGGCGAUGAUGUAGCUUCAGUGUGCCGCUCGCAGCAAGGAACAUAAUGCUCCUCUAACGUCGCCAGAAAACUGCGUGUGUAAAGCCAGGGAAUAUGCUGCGCUGAUGACAACUCCCAUCAGAGUGUAGAUGCUCCAGGCGCAGCGGGGCCCAGCCUCUGUGUCAGAGAGGGACGAGGCUGCACCCACCUGGGCCACAGCGCUCCUCUGAAACUCGGCUCGUGGUCUCUCUCUCGCAGCACUGACUGCCCAGAUUAGAAAACAGAACGACAGGGGAAGCCAUUUUGUGAGGCUGAAGCUGAGUCUGCCUGUGCCGAGAAGGACCUGGAGUAGUCAUAGCUGGGAUAUUUUAGGCCUUUCUCUGCACUCUGAUCCCCAUUGCCAUGACGACUGCAGUGCAGCCCAGUGAACUGGUUUUUGAAUUUGCAAGCAACGGGAUGGACGAAAUCAAUCAGGUGUGCAGUUAUCUCAUCCCCACACCCGGGUCUGAAUCCUGUGGAGCAGGCUUGAUUCUGGACGACCCAUCAGUAUUCCCAGCAGUGAUCGUUGAGCAGGUGCCUGCAGCUGAUCUGUUGCAGGUCUACUCGGGUCUCGAGUCUGAUGAGGUGACCAAUGGCAUCAUGGUGGAUACCACUCUCCAAGUAGUGGAGGAACCAUCGAUCUUGGUGGGAGGAGUGGACCUCUCAGAAACAACAGGUUCAGAAGACAGAAUGGAGACGAACGAAGCGGCAGCAGCUCUUCUUAACAUGGAGUCUCCAAAUAACAUUCUGGAUGAAAAGCGCAUGAUUCACUCCUAUGGCACUCUGCUGGAGUCAGAUCUGACAUACACCCCACUGAGACCGGACCACAUUGCCCUUGACGUGUCCCUAGACGAGGACACUUCUUCCAUGGAUGAGGUUCCCCAAAAGUGCCUCUCAAGACCUCAGAAAAAAACCAAAGUGCGAAAGCCGCGGGCGGUUCGUCCCUGCUCUCCUAUCACCACCCCUAACCUGCCACUCAGGAAGAAGAGCAAAGAGGGUAAAGGCAACACCAUCUACCUAUGGGAAUUCCUUCUGGCUUUACUGCAAGAUAAGAACACCUGUCCCAAAUACAUCAAGUGGACACAGCGGGAAAAAGGCAUCUUUAAGCUGGUGGAUUCCAAGGCAGUUUCAAAGCUGUGGGGCAAGCACAAGAACAAGCCUGACAUGAACUAUGAGACCAUGGGAAGGGCUCUUCGGUACUACUAUCAGAGAGGUAUCCUGGCUAAAGUGGAGGGGCAACGGCUGGUCUACCAGUUUAAGGAGAUGCCAGCAGAUCUUGUGGUUAUUGAGGACGAAGACACAGGCUCAGAUGCUAACACCGGCUAUGGGAACCAGAGAUCUACCAACGGGCGGUCUGUGGUUCGUGGAGGAUCCAGAGGACAUGGAAGGGCUCACCAAAUCUCAGUGAAACAGAUGAAGAAAGAGCCUAGUGAUGAAUAUCUGUAUCAGGAUGCUAACGGUGGACAUGCUGAGCAGCUCCUUCAGUCUGUUCACAUGUUGCAAGCCAACCAAGCGUCGGGUGUCCAAGAUAUGAGGACCAUCAGCACUUCUGCAUCAGUUCCUAUGGUCCUGACAUCUUCUGCCUCCCUUCAAUCUGUUCCCCUCCCCACUGUUUUGACCAACGGAGACUCCAGUCAUUCCUCCCCUCCACGGGUAAUCCUCCACACCGUGCCCUCCACGACAGCAGGUGGUAAAGAUGUGCUCACCAUCCAGACGGCCUCUCUAGCAGGUGGGGCCAACAGCCUCCAGGACGGCCUCCCGCAGCAGCUCUUGGUCACCAGUCUGGGCUCCUGUGCCAUUACCUCCUCCGCUUCCUCCUCCUCUACUUCCCCUCCAGGAGUCAUUAGUUCCACCACUUCCAACCUCAAUGGUCUCCCCCGCCUCGUCACCAUCAACACCACCUGUGGGCAGACCAUGGUGGCACAGCAGCCAGGCACCGUAAUUGCCACUGUGCUGAAAUCCAGCGACCUCUCCGGGCUGCCGGUCAAAGAGGAGAUGCUAGACCCCAGUUACUUUCAGUCGAUUGUGAACGGUGAUCCAUCACUGGCACAUACGUUUGAGAAGGAAGAGAUGGAGGUGGGAGAGGCAGAGCUGCAGUACAGAACUGUGAUCAUUGAUACCAGUCAAAGCCAGGGCCAGGAGGCUGCCAGUGAGACUAUAAUUAAUGGACAUUCCUCCCAGAGCAGCAGUCCUAGUGAGGGUCUGACCCCUGUGGAGGAGCUGGAAGUGCGUGGGGAGAUGUCCCUGCAGCCUGAGCAGGGAAUCAAAGGCCUGCAGGAGCUGCCACUGUCUGUCCAACUGCCUGCAAACUUUAUCCAGAUAAAGAAAGAGCCUGCAGAGGCUUAGGGCUGCAAUACCCUUACACACAAGCUGAACCAAAAACAACAAUUGAAUCCAUUUUGACCACAGACUUCGUACAUUUUCUUGUCCUACCACAUAUAUCUGAUCGAAGAUCAGAAGUGAGGGAGCGUGUUGCUUUCAAAGCUUGGUCAGUUCAGCCUCAGGAUUUAUUGUUUACUCACAUACUUUGUGAUCAUGUGCCUAAUUUUAAAAAUCAAGGGAGUGUUUAGUUUUUUUAAGAUGUCACUUUUCAGAUUUGGGAUUAUCUUCUGUAGACAUGAACCCCAACAAACGCAGAUACAGAGACAAUACAUACACACACGCACAGACAAAUGCAAGCACACACACAAAACGCCUUCCCCUCAAGGAGAGCAGCCAUUGGAUAUCCCAGGGAUCCCUAUCUACCUAAUGUGCCAGUUUGCCUUUUUUUUAAACCUUACAUCUCAUUGGACUGAUGUGUUAAAGAAGAGAUAGCAACAAACAUAAACUGAGGACUGAAUGCCAAACGGUGCAAUGAAAUCAGACGUCUGAGAGUGUUCAGUGUGUUCUUUAACCCACAUACAAGUUUCCACUGUCAUGUCAUGGAUGUCGAUUCAAGGUGUCCAGUUGGCUGAAAGAAACACACGUCUCAGAGUUUAAUUGAAGAGUGCCUUACAGGAAGUACAAACAGCUCAAGACUUUUUGUUGGAAAGUUCUGCAAAAAAAAAAGGUGGAAAAAAGUACUAAAUGGCUUUUGAGACUUUCAGACUUUCAAGAACUUAUUACUCAUUUAUUUUCAUAUAAACAAAGUAGGUAUGCGUUCACUCUAUUACCCCUGGCCUUAAAACACUGUGUUACUAUGGAAAUGGGCAUUUUCUGUCCACCAAGGACAGUGUAACAUCAAAACUGUUUGUAUAGAGUUGCAGACCGGAGGCACAGCAAGAUAGGGAGGCACAAAUGGAGAGAAAGAAUACGCAGGAUAAAACAGAUUUUAUCAGCCUCUGCCUGCAAGGCUGCAAGGUUUAAAUCCUGUUUAUAUAAAAUGGAAUAUAUAUGAAUAUAUAUACAUAUAUAUAAAUAUAUAAAUACAUAUAAUAUACGAUUGAGAUUCAAUUUUAAGGCCACAGCAAAUUUAUUUAUUUUGUGAAUUCCUAAAUUCUGUAUAAAAAGGCACAUUUGUUUUCUAUUUACAUGUGUAAACCUGAGGGAAAAUACAAAGAUUAUGAACGUUAAUACCAGGAAGCUUAUUUGGUAGUUUUUUGUAAGACCGGCAUUUUUCAUUUGUAUAGCACUCCAUAUAAUCAGCUUUGGUAUUUUCUUGAGUUUUUCUUGAGUCGAAUGCUCCGUGCAGCAUCAUUAUUCCACUGUUAUAUUCUCUUAUCGUGGAUAUCCUCUGUUGUGUGUCUGAUUAAAACAUGUACUGAAUGUGCUUUUCAUUCGCUCUUUUCAGCGGACAUACCUCUUUACCUUUUUCAACAGUCAAGCAGUCAAGGCUAUACAUUCACAGAUAUUAUGUCUUGCAAAAAGUAUCACAUGUAUUAGUCAAUGUAUCUUUGAAUUCUUACCAUCAAAGUGGUACCAGUGCUGUUUUCAAAGCUCCGCUCUCUUCCUUUUUUCUUCUCUAGUCGAGCCUCCCUUUGUCUUGUCCUGUCUCCUUGCCUCUUCCUCUCCUGUUCUCAGGUCAGUCGAGUCUGUGCCUUCUUCAUUUGCUGUCCCACUUUGUUAAGAACCUCUCAGGCCUGCCAUCCUAUUGGCCCCUUGGUCCUGCUGGGGAUGAAGCCAUAUUGAUCCUGAGUGGUAUCGCGUCUAAAUUGGUUGUAUUUUCCAGCCGGAACUGUAGCUGCAGAGUGAGGACAUUCAGACACACUGACCUCCGUCUGCACUGGCAUCUAAGGGCAGGAGUUAAACGCUACUUUACAAGCCCAAAUCAGCCAAAUGGCUCCGGGUGUGCAAAGACGCUCUGAAUGUAUACUUAUUUUUUGACAAUCAAUAAUUACACUGGGUUACAUUUGCAUUAAAUUCUCUCAGCUUGUAUAUAUUCCUGUAUUUACCCUUAUUACACUGUUGUCUGUGAAAUAUUGAGGUAUGUCCGCUGCUUAUUUUUUGUUGCUUCUUUUGUCCUGGGUUGUCAUUGACUCCUUUAUGCUCAAUAUAGAAUAGAUUUUUAAGAAAAUGUCAAUAUGCUAAUUAAAAACAAAAUAUUCUCUGCUGA